AUUCAAUCGAUUGCCGUCCUGGCUCGCCUUGCUCCCUCACCUUUCCCCCAUCAACAUGGCAUAGCAACAAGCAUCCUCUCAUCAUAUACUACGCGGCGCAGGCAAUGACGCACUCGACCAGUGCAGUAGCAUCGACCUCCAAGGUACAACUGGACUUGGCUUGCCCGAUCGCCUGGCCAUCGUCCUCCCACCGAUGCGCAGCGUUCAACGACCACGAGGCCGACGUUCAUGCGACCACGGUCCAUCAUGUCAGGCGGCGUUUCCACGAAUGCCUCUGGCUAGGAGAGAGCUAUCUUCCCCUCGCCACAUAUCCUGGCUAUGCUUUUGACCUUCAGUCCGCCACCGCAGUGGGCAAGCAGCGACGCCAAGACGUCGAAGCGGCCGCCGCCUUUCUCGAUGCGAUUGCCUCGCUCCUGCGAACUCGAGGUCAAGUGCAGCGCAGAUUCAGAGCAGAGUUGCCAAAGAAGGUAGCCGCGCAUCUCUCGGGCCUUGCAGCUGGAGAGCAGGAUGAGGAGAUGGCUUUCGUCUGUGCGGCGCUAGCUUCCGGGCCUGGACGGAGCGUUGCUGAGGAACAUCAGCAGGCGAGGGCCAAGGCGGAGCAGGAUGGCGAGGAGGAUAGCAAAGCCGUCAAGACGAGGCUGAGAGACGACUGGCUAGCAGCUAUUGAGAGAAGAGAGCUUUCGUUGCAGCUUCUCCUCAUCCUCGAGGCCCUUCGCAUCGGAGUCGAACACCCUAUGCUCUUGACCACGGCCAACGCAAGCUCACCUUCGAAAGCACCCUCGCGCCCAGCACCGAUGCCUCUACAAUCAAGCCAGAUGAAUGGCAGCCCAACAGAGGAAAGCUCUUCGAGGAUGGUCACACUCUCACAAGAUGAUGUCGAAGACUCGGUCUCAGGAUCGCAGACAAAGCCCGCUCGCAAGAAGAAGCGCAAGUCAGCUCCCGCUCGUCGUUGGACCGGCUUCGCGACGGCGAUGGCUCUCGAAGGGGCAGUAGAGAGUGACGGCUUCCCCUGGGCUAAGCGGACAACUAGCAGCAACAAGUUGGGCGGCGAGCUCGUCUCUCCAGGUGAUGCAGCGAACGAUGAUGACGACGAUCAAUCCGCACCCUUUCACGCGAAAGCGAUGGUACGAGACCCGGAAGGAUUACAUCGCCUCUUCGAAACUUUCGCUGAUCGUCUGUCGUUGCGCAUCGUGACGUGCGAAUUGCGCAAGGAUUUUCUCGGACUCGACGAGGAGAUUGGGCAGCAGACACAAGCAGCACCGACAAAGGAGCAUGGCAAGGUUCCGUCGCUUGUCCUCUUUGGUACAGCAGCACGAGCACGAGACGAGCGGGACGAGCGGGACGAGAUGCACCACCUCUGCUCAGACAUUGUUGAGCCACGCUUCGCGCGCGUAUUGCCCAGACAAUGCUCCGUGCUUCGAUCCAAGGCGACUGUAGGCGGCGCCUCGCAGACCACACCCCGUCGACCGGCUCUCGGCCCUACCACCACCACCAUCACGACCGGGCGAGGCGGCCAAGCCAGUGCCGAGCGAGCACGACGUCGUGAGGAAGCUGCUCAACUUGCGCGUGUACGCUCUGAAGCCGAUCUAGGCGCACGUAAGAAGCUCGCAGAUGACAAGGCCAAAGCUAGAGAAGCAAGAAAGCUCAGCCAGCGUCCAGGGUUAAAGGAUGCACUCGUUCUCGAGCAGAAGGAGCGCAAGUUCAGUCGAGCUGCCUCCAUCACCGGGGAAGCGAAGAGAAAUGAGAGGGAGGUGAGCGUGAAGCGCCGCGUGGGCUUGGUGAGGGAACAAUCUGCCAGCAAUGUGUGGGAUGAGGGCCAAAGCCAAGGACAAGGCCAGAGCCAGUCGGCACCCGUGCUGCCGACGAUGAUGAAGAGUGGAAGCCUGGUCCUUGGCCCGCCAACGGCUACGCGUGUCAACAAGAGGAAAAUUGCCGAGCCGAGGCGAUUCGGUGGACACGUGAACGUAAAGGAGGAGGAAGACGAUGCCGACAAUCCCUUUCGCGACUCAUCGUCGCCUUCGCUGCAGCCUCAAGCCCUGCCGCCUCCAACGACCGACGUCUCGAGUGUCAAGCGCCUGAAAGCGACGCGCGGGGCCUUCUCUCGCAGCGAGAGCCAAGUCUUCCAAAAGCCAUCCUUGCCAACUGCGAACAUGGCUGGUGCAUCACAGUCGCAGGGCCCCUCUCUCCUGGCUGUGCCACCUGCAAGAAGGAGCCUCACGGGGUGGCAGCGCACCGAGUCGCAGCCAGUCACGUCGCGAGAUCUCUCUGCACUCUCCUCAGCCGCGCCUAGUCGAAGCGUGUCGAGAGCAUCUUCGCGAGGCCCUUCGCGGAGUGGCUCACCAUUUCUGCGGGAGGCUGAAAGCGCAGGCGAGGAAGAUGAUGAGGAAGAGGCAGAACAGGAGGAGGAGGAGGACCCCCUGUUCCUACGGCGAGCAGGCCCUACUACGAGUGCCGCCGUCGCGACUGCUCCAGGAGCGUUGCUAUCGCAGUCGCGCCCCUUGCAAGGUCUGGCAGGGCUGAGGACGUGGAGCAAGACCAAUUCCUCGAGUAUGGCUGAGCUACCGCCAACGCCUGGUCGGACGAAAGUCUCCACCGCGCAAGCUAGGCAAACUGAUGUCCACCUUGCAGCAGCGGGGGACGCGGAGCCAAAGGCUCCGAGGGGCCUCGCUCGGGAGCCAGAGUCGCAGCCUUCAGCCAGCAGCCAUGGUCUUCCUCAGCAACGAAUACUGAAGCCAGUCCCCGCGCCAACCGAAAUUGAAGUCAACGACCCCGUCGCCCGCACCCCAUCAGCUCAACCUCCCUCCGAAUCGUCUUCCAUCACGUCCUCAUCGACCUCAGCGCUCCGCCCGACGAUCCCUCGCAGGCCAAGCGGGCGCAACCCCUUCGCGAAGAGUGUCUCUCAACAGCGUCUCGAGUCGGUGACGUCCGCCGCGAUGCCGGUCAAGCGCUCUCCAGCGGGAGGGAGCGACGUGAUGGCAGGAACAGGAGCGUUCAGCGAAGAGGAGCGACAGACGCUAAAGGCGGAAGACAUCACGGAGAGCCCAGCCGAUCUAGGUAGAUUGUGGCGCGGUGGGGGACUGAAGUGGGGAUAAGGGAAAGGCGUUGCGGACGGCUAGGCUGAGCUGAGUGAGAGAUGCAGAUAGAGAUUACGGAGGACGAUCUGUACAACAGGAGAGAAAAUAG